CUAUUUACCUUACCCUUCUUUGUAAAAUAAAAUAAAACCUUCCUUCGUUCUUCCUGAUGGAUCUUGUUGUGGAGUACGCAGACGAGUACUUGUUUGACGCCCUGUACUCAAAGGUCGGCCAGACCUCCUUUAAUAUCAAUGGAACCACGACCACAGACGACAUAACGUUUGGCAUACCUCGCGACAAUAUCUAUCGUCAGACUUUUACAUCGAUCUUCAUAUUGACAGUAGGAGGUUUUAUCUUUUACCUCUUUGCCGCCACAAUGUCAUACUACUUUGUGUACGAUCACAACAUUAUGAAGCAUCCAAAGUUCCUGAAAAACCAGAUCCGCCUUGAAAUCGAAUGCGCAUUGUCAGCCAUGCCUGGCAUUGCUGUCAUGACAGCACCUUGGAUUGUUGGAGAACUCAGAGGCCACUCUUACCUUUAUGGUGGAACUCCUGAAUCUUUGUAUGACUGGGCAUACUUUUUGCUUUCUAUCCCUGCUUUCCUUGCAUUUACUGACUGUGGUAUUUAUUGGAUUCACCGCUGGGAGCAUCAUCCUCUUCUAUACAAGCGCAUGCACAAGCUUCACCACAAAUGGAUCGUUCCUACACCUUUUGCCUCUCAUGCAUUCAAGGCUGUUGAUGGCUAUGCCCAGUCUCUGCCUUACCACAUCUACGUCUUCCUGUUCCCUAUGCACAAGUACCUGUAUCUUGGUCUGUUUAUUUUUGUAAACUUUUGGACUGUGAUGAUUCACGAUGGUGCAUACAUAUCCCACUCUUCUAUCAUCAACACCAGUGCCCAUCACGCUGUCCAUCACUUGUACUUCAACUACAAUUACGGCCAAUAUUUUACCCUUUGGGAUCGUAUCGGUAAUUCUCAUCGCCAGCCAACAGACGAGCAGUACGAUUCGGAAUUGCGUAUCAACAAAAAGGUGAUGGCCAAGCAAGCCAAGGAUGCUGAGACCAUUGAAGAUGAAUCCGAGAGAGCGAAACUGAAAUCCAACUAAGUGAAAGAAAAGAGAGAAAAUAAUAUUUCACAGGGUUAUUUUUUCCUUCCUUUUUUCUUUCUUUUCUUUUAACUAUCUAUUAUUACUUAUACAUAUUGGAUCACAACUUCUUUAUAAUAUCUUCUUCCUCCCUCCCCUCCUCCUCCUCUUCUAUUAACAUCUUCAACCAUUACCACUACCACCGCUCCUACCACUUUCACUGUUAAUACUAUUAAUUUUACUACUACUUCUACUACUAUUACCGCCGUCGCCACUUACUUAUUCCUCCUCCUUUUUUUAAUUUCCUUCCUCCCCACCCUAGAUUACGUAGCAUAUGUAUAAUAAUACUGCCACUAAUUUUAUUUAUUCAUAUAUACAACAGACUAAAAUCUAAUAUAUAUAUAUAUAUAUACUUUUUACAGACAAGUGAAUUCAUUCAGUCAGUCAUUCUUUCUUUUUUUUUUUUUGGUCUUCCUACACUAUUUUGUAUCGUUGCAUUCUACUACUAUUAAACAAUUCAAAAACC